AUGAACGCCUUCAAAGUCAUCGUCGUCGGCGGCGGCCCGGUCGGGCUGACGGCUGCGCACUCGCUCUCGCGCGCCAACCUCGACUUUGUCGUGCUUGAGAGCCGCAGCAAGAUUGUGUUAGACGCGGGCUCCAACCUCGUGCUGCUCCCCAUCGGCCUGCGCGUGCUGGGACAGCUCGGCCAGCUCGGCCUGCUCCCCGUCAUCGAGCGCGUCAGCUCGCCCAUGAGCCGCUUUAAGCGCAUCGACCACGACGGCCGCAACCUCGGUGACACGCUGUGGUUUACCUAUUUCAAGGUGAACCACGGCGCCUACCCCCGAGUCAUUAGCCGCCACGACCUCAUGCAGACGCUGCACGACGGACUGUCCGCCGAGGCGCAGGCCAAGCUGCUGCCCAACAAGCAGGUUGUGGACGUGGUGACAGGGCCCGACGGCGUUAAGGUGACCAAGGUACGGGACCUAAUGCGCACGGCGGCGCUUCAGUCGGCCACGCCCGUCGAGGUCAACGACGCCAAGCCCUUCCUGACAUCGCAUCGGGCCAUGUGGGUCCGUUUCCCGACCGUGGCGCCCGUCCAGCCCGGCGACGCCAGCGAGACCCACGGCUACGACUGCACCCUGCAGCUGUUCGCCGGCGAGGACACGUCCGUCAUCGGCAUCUACGAGCGCCUGGACCGUACGCAGGCUGGCAUGGUCAAUCUCGAGGAGGGCAUCCUCAAGCGGUGGAGCUGGGACCGCAUCGUGUUGGCGGGCGACGCGGCGCACAAGUUCACGCCCAGCACGGGGGCGGGCUGCAACAACGGCAUCGUCGACGUGGUGGCGCUCGCCAACGAGAUGUACCACGCCUCCCGCGAGGUGCGGGGCGCGUCGGGCGACGCCACAGCCUUCCCUGACCGCGACCGGCUCCUCGCCGCCUUCGACGACUACCAGCAGGUCCGCUUCGGCACCGUCAAGGACGGGCUCGCCGCCGCCAGCCAGGCUACGGGCUCCGCCACCUGGUCCGACAUGACCCACCGCUUCGUCGACUGCCACGUCCUCUCCAAACCCUCGCUCCAAAAGUUCUUUGCCACCUGGAACGCCCGCGCCCUCGCCCGCACCCCCGUCUUCGAGUACGUCGAGGGCGAGGAGCACAUGGUCGGCAAGUUCCCCUGGGCCCAGCCCAUCCGCGAGGCCACGGCCCGGGCCGAGCCUGCCACUCUCCCAGUGUGA